CGUUGACGUCCACAUCGGUUGCUUGCAGUUGCCCGACAGGUGGCGAAGGACUCGUCGGUGUUGUUGUCGAGGGGCGCUGCGGGUUUCUCAGUAAUUGGUAUUUGUCGUGCGUCUAUAUUCCGUUUCUAGCCGUGUCCAUGUUUUUGUCAUCCCAUUGACGCAUUCACUACAUUUCAGCGUUCAACAGUUCUACUACGACUGUGUGCGCAAGGCGAACGCAUCGGCCGCCGCGCUCCUUGUGACCAUAUCCGCCGCCAAUUUAUCAGCGUUUUAUUAGACCAUAACAUGUUGUAUUAGUGUGAAGUGUGAACAGUGUGAUUUAAGAUUUUGUCGUUAUCAUUAUCGUGUCGUUUUUUCGAUUUAAAUUUUAUUCGUCGUCUUCCUAAUUUAUUAUACUUGACUAUUUAAAAAAAGUACAUUUUUUUUUUACUAUUACACUUCUACAAUGAUGAUCCACGUAAACUCUUGAUCGCGGUUGUCGAGAACUACACUUGUUGUUAAGUACGCGUAAUUCGGCAUAGUGUUUUAAAAAUAAUAUUAACAAAUAAAUACAUUCUAUGAUUUGUUGAGUGUGUUGUUUGUUUACGGGGUAUUAAUGUGGUGCGUUUAGAAAUUGUAUUUUUCGCAGUGGACACCCAGCAGCUUUCGAAAUGCCUGCUGAAGAUGAUUCGUCCGUGUUAUCCAACAUCUGCGUUGGUUGCGAAUGGCUGGCUACUGAACUAUCGUCCAGUAACAAAUGUCAGUUGCUUAUACUGGACUGCCGUAGUUCUAUGGACUUCUCAGAGUGUCACAUACGGGACGCUGUCAACUUUAGUAUACCUACUAUUAUGUUAAGACGGUUAGCUGCCGGUAAGAUUGACUUGGCAUCCACAGUCAAGUGCACUGAUCUCAGAGAGCAAAUUGUCAAUGCAUACAAACAAAGUGCGUUCGUGCUGUACGGUGAUGAGUGUUUGGAUGAUCGCAAGAUUACUUCAUCAGUAUCAGAUACGAUGAUUGUAUUGGCCAAGCGAUUGUUGAAGGAUGGAUGUAAAGUUCAUUGCUUGAACGAGAGUUUUGAUGCGUUUCAACAAUCGUAUCCAGAAUGGUGUGAAUCAUUUUUGGAACGUUGCGCCCGAGCUAACGACGACAUGACAGGUUUCAUCGGUGACACGGAUACUUUGAUGGGUUUGCGAUCGUUGCACAUCACCCCGUCGCUUGUGCCACAUACCCGGAACGCACGACGCCAGCACCAAUUGUUAUCCGUACUCAGCACAUCACCUGAAAGUUCUGGGGGUUCGGACAUCGAUAGUCUGUCAGACGUAGAUAGUUCCAGUUCGAUACUUGGCUACGAUGAAGACCGUGACUUCCCCGUAGAGAUCCUACCCGAUCUGUUCCUCGGCAACGCAACUAAUUCGGAAGACUUGGAAUGGCUUAAGAAACACCGGAUAGAGUAUAUUUUAAAUGUUACGUCUGACUUACCUAACACUUUCGAAGAACAAGGACAUAUCAAGUACAUGCAGAUACCAAUUUCCGAUCAUAUCGGACAAAACCUUGCUAGCUUUUUCCCUCAAGCAAUAGAAUUCAUCGAUAAGAGUCGGGCCCAAAAGAAAGGCGUCUUGGUGCACUGUCUGGCGGGCAUAUCGCGCUCGGUGACGGUGAUGCUGGCGUACCUGAUGGCCCAUCGGCAACUGACGCUCAACGAGGCGUACAACAUGGUGCUGAAGCGCAAGGCGAACAUCGACCCGAACUUCCACUUCAUGCAGCAGCUGCACUCGUUCGAGAAGCAGCUGUUGGACGCCCGGACGCAGCCCAAACAGCAGUCGGCCAACUCGACGGGCUCGUCGACGUCCAGCUACCUGAGCCCGCUGUCGACGGCCGUCCAGAGUCCGGAUAGCGGCAUCGAGUUCGACCGGUGGACGCCCGGCACCGGUGGAUGAGAAACAUUUGAGGGCGACGAACAACAACGACGAUCGCCCCAGACCAAGUAUCGCUUCUGACCGAACGCUGCCGUUUCAUGUAUUAUUCUACCAUUACUAUUACUACUACAACUACAACUAUUACUUCUACUUCUUCUACUAUUACUACUACUAUUACUA